GGAGGGACCAUUUUAGGGGGUUUACGCCUGGGCAGGCGAGGCGCAUGAACCUCGGCGGGAGCGUCAGGAUGGAUGUCGGGAGCCCGCAGAGUGACCGUGCUGAUGGGAGGGUUAGGAGGAUCACCAUCGCCGGUGCUGGUGCCGGGGCGGGGACGGGGGGUGCGGCCGGCGAGGCGGGGAUGGCGGCGAGGACGCAGCAGAGGGCUAGUAUUGCUUGGAGAUGAUGGCCCCGCCUGCCUGUUCCGUCGGGUUGAGAUGAGCUGAGGUGUCUAUGGUGGGAUACUCCGUGAAGACAGCCCUACUCCUUUGGACCACGUCUGCAUAUGCCCGUCACCCACCUGUGAUGGCUGGAGUUCUGCUUCCCCGUGUCUGGCGGUCUUUCCGCGGUGUUCCGGAUGGAGUCUGGGUUGGUGUCUCUGCCAUCCUACCUAUUGUCCAUAUUGCAUGCAGGGGUGGGGGUUCCCGAUGGGCUUCUUCUUACCAACUGUUGUCGCGUGUCUGGUUUUCAUGUUCAUGGUUUUUAUCUUUCCUCUACCCGGUUUUUUCUCAUUUGCCCGAUUCAUGGAUGGGAUGGCAUUGGGGCGCAUACCGGAGAGAUACGGGCGUGGCUGGCUAUUAUUGCCGCCGACUCCCUUGUAUAUUGUAUGGUUUUUUUUCUCUCGGCCUUUACACAUUAAUGAAUGACUCUUAUGCUCUUAC